AUGGAAAACCAAAACCAGAACACGGCGGCGAGAAAACCCAGAUUCAUGUGCCUUCAUGGCUUUCGAACAAGUGGAGACAUAAUGAAGAAACAGAUACAUAAGUGGCCACAGAAUGUUCUAGACAAACUCGAUCUUGUUUUCGUCGAUGCUCCUUUUCCCUGCACAGGAAAAUCCGAUGUCGAAGGAAUUUUCGAUCCUCCUUAUUACGAGUGGUUCCAGUUCAACAAGGAAUUUACAGAGUACACCAACUUUGAUGAGUGUUUACAAUUCAUUGAGGAUUACAUGAUCAAACAUGGACCGUUUGAUGGUCUUCUUGGAUUCUCACAGGGGGCGAUACUAUCAGGUGCACUGCCGGGUCUUCAGGAGAAGGGUGUGGCAUUGACGAAGGUUCCGAAAGUGAAAUUCCUUAUGAUAAUAGGAGGGGCUAAGUUUUUGGCACCUUCGGUGGCAGAGAAAGCAUAUUCUUCACCAAUUGGUUGCACCUCUCUUCAUUUUAUAGGAGAGAAUGAUUUUUUAAAGCAGCAUGGAAAAGAACUCAUAGAAUCAUGUGUUGAACCUGUAGUAAUUCAUCAUCCAAAAGGACACACAGUACCAAGAUUGGAUGAUAAAAGCUUGAAUAUCAUGAUAGACUUCAUCGAAAGAAUUCAAAAGGAUAUAUCUAAAAUCAAGGAAUGA